UUAUGAGAACACUCGUUGCAUUGUACAAUGAAAGUGUGCCUUCCAAUAAUAUGUACAGUAUAUGACUCUUUAUGUUCUGAGAAAGGGUUCUAAUUUGAAUAUAUUCUAUAUGUACAGACUCAUUUCUUGAAAGUGUAAUUUUUACCUCUUGUUUUAAUAGUUACCAACUCCAAAUGGUAGUUUGGUAAAUUGGAAACAAUAUAAAGUCAGUCUUGACUUCUAAUGUAACGUCAAAGCUCUUUUCUUAAUCACCAUUCUGUUCCUAAUUACUCUCUUGCUAAAAUAAUUGCGUACCCCCUCUCAGCACACCCUCCCUUCAGCGGGGCCAUAUAAAUACAGCUCCUGGGCUGUGUGCUUAAGCUACUGCCAACUGGUCCAUGUGCACUCCUCCCCACUCCAAGGCUGCCCACUCUGCCAACUUUGCUCGGAUUAUUGGAACUGAAAUAUGUACGCCAACAAGGUCGACGAAGUCCAAAACGGACGCCACUCUGACCCGGUGGACACCAUAUAUGAGGAACAGCUCAACAAUGAGAUGCACAAAUUUGCUGUCAGUGAUGAGAAACAGGCAAAAUGGAGUGCAGCACCUAGAAGAGCUUCAAGCUCUGACAAAAGCGGCUCUACCAUCCUAUUCUCACUAAAAAAUGAAGUUGGGGGACUUAUUAAGGCUCUAAAGUUUUUCCAAGAAAAGCACGUAAACCUGGUACAUAUAGAGUCCCGGAAAUCCAGAAGAAGGAACUCCGAUUUUGAAAUUUUUGUUGACUGUGACAGUGACCACAUUCAAUUGAAAGAACUGACUCAACUUCUGAAAAAACAUGCAGAAAUUGUUGAUGUUUAUCCAUCCGAAUCUGCUUUGUCUGAAGAUGUGAUGUCCGAAGUGCCCUGGUUUCCAAUAAAGAUCAGCGACUUGGAUUUAUGUGCAAACAGGGUCCUGAUGUACGGAUCAGACUUGGAUGCAGAUCAUCCGGGGUUCAAAGACAGUAUAUAUCGUAAAAGGAGGGCAUAUUUUGCAGAUUUGGCCAUGAGCUACAAACAUGGGGAACCUAUUCCACACAUCGACUUCACAGCUGAAGAGGUACGCACCUGGGGAGUGGUGUUCAGAGAGCUCAAUAAACUAUACCCCACUCAUGCUUGUAAGGAGUAUCUGAAGAACCUGCCCCUGCUGACCAAACACUGCAACUACACUGAGGACAACAUACCCCAGUUGGAGGACGUGUCGAACUUCCUCAAAGAGCACUCAGGCUUCAUCAUAAGGCCAGUGGCUGGUUACCUUUCACCCAGAGACUUUCUGGCAGGUCUGGCCUUCAGAGUAUUCCACUGUACACAGUAUAUCCGCCACAGCUCUGAGCCACUGUACACCCCAGAACCAGACACCUGCCAUGAGCUGCUGGGCCACGUUCCUCUGCUGGCGGAGCCCAGCUUUGCUCAGUUCUCUCAGGAGAUCGGUCUGGCUUCACUCGGAGCCUCCGACGAUGCUGUGCAGAAACUGGCCACUUGUUACUUCUUCACAGUGGAAUUUGGUCUUUGUAAACAGAACGGAGGGCUCAGGGCUUAUGGAGCUGGACUUCUCUCAUCUGCCAGUGAGCUUAAGCAUGCUUUGUCUGGCAAAGCCCAUAUCCUCCCAUUCGACCCCAUGGUGACCUGCAAUCAGGAGUGCAAGAUAACAACAUUCCAAGAUGUCUACUUUGUUUCUGAGAGUUUUGAGGAGGCAAAGGACAAAAUGAGGGAGUUUGCUAAGACCAUCUGGCGUCCAUUCUCAUUGCGCUACAAUCCUUAUACCCAGAGUGUAGAUGUGCUUAAGGACACCAGCAGUAUCAACAGCAUGGUGAAGGACAUACGACAUGAGCUGGACAUAGUGGAGGAUGCUUUGAACAGACUGAACAAACAUCUGAGAGGAUGACCUGUCCUGUCUCUCGUAGUGCAGGGGAGGGGAGGGGUGCCUUGGGCCUCAUGUUAGGCUAAUAUGGUUCAGAUGUACUGGAGAAAAUCUAUGUUAGAGAAAAGAGGUGGAUAGAGUAGCAAAGAAAUAAUUACUCAGGUAAAAACAAAGUAUAUGGGAAACUACUGCUGAGUAACAGUUUGGACAUAAAAGGUUUCUAAAACGUAAUUUAUAAUUUAUGAGUUAAUUUAAUCAUACACACACAUAGACAAAACAUUAAAUAAAGCCCAGGUUUGGGUAUUUUCAAAUAAUAGACAAAAUAUACCAAAAAGCUCAAUUUCUUGAAUCAUUAAAGAUGCUAUAUUAUGUAAAAAAAAAUAGACUUUUGUGAGCUUUAAGCUAUGUUAUAAUACUGUUGCCUCAUCAAAAAAGUCUUGGAGACGUGUUGUGUUUCAUUCACAUAUGCUUGAGUAACCCUUUAUUAUUAAUCUGUCUAUAUCUCUAAAGCUCAAAAUGCUUUGCUCCACAGUAGAACAAUUACUGUAUUACUACAUGGCAUCACAAGGUGGAACACAGUGUUUUUUGUUUGAGAAGGCUAAAUACAGAGAGUUUGUGUGAUAACUUGUGUGAAAGAAACAAAACAGAAAGAUAUGGGCCCUUUAAUAUAAAGAUUUUGUCUCUAUACACAAUUAGAAGAGUGAGAUAAAGAUGAGAGUAAUCACACCAUUUACACAAGUAAGAGUAUUGUUUAUGACUUAAUAAGAAGCGUAAGAUGAUGGAAACUUUUCUAAAAAGUCUCUCUAAAAAGUUACACAAGCAAAUGUAACUGAGUAUUACUCACUUCUGGAAGAGUAUUCUAUAAAAUUGUAUAUAAUCAAUGGUAAGUUUUUGUGUGUUGUAAGAUGGGUCUGUGCUUGAAUGUAUUUAUGGCAAGUCAAACAGGCAAAGUCUUCACCGAUGAAGUAAAAAUGGUAGAAGCCAAAAACCACACAUGUGGAUUAUGAAAUGUCAGUGCUUGUGUAGAGAACAUUUGCAAUAUGCUUUGAGAUACAGUUUUAUGUCCAAGAGCAAUUUGUGCUAUAUAGUACACAUCUUUUUAAUACUGUGUGGAUAUCAAUUAUACACAGGUUAGUUACUAUUUUGUUAUAUUUUGUUUGUGUCAAUAUGCACCAUCUGUGAGGCUUUUUAAAAGAUCUGCAAUGAUGGGGGAAUUUUCAUUUUGAUUCUUUUUUUGUAAUUAAUUAGUCAAGAAAGUGAUUUCAUGUUUGUUUGUUUUUUAUUGUCAGAACAUGUUUUCUUUGAGAGUUAGACACGCGACUCUACAGUCCCUCUGUUAAUUGGAUAGAGAAAGGCUUAAUGUGGAUGAUGCCAAUCCUUUUGCUUACAUACUGUCUGUGCGACUGGUCUGAGCUCUUAACUGAAGUGACCCACUUUCCCUUACAUUUAUUAUGAAGGCCUUCCAGUAAUAAAAAUAUAUUGUACUACUUCUACUGCUACUGCUACUACAAUGACUACUGCUUCUACUUCUAGUACUUUUACUGCUAUCAUUACUCAAGCACAUAAUAGUACUGGCUAUUCUAUAAAAUUACA